AUGGCUCACAAUAGGCCACUGAGGAAAAUCCAGUCCACCAAGUCGGCGUCAGACAACCGGGAAGUGCGCAAGGUGCCCGUGCCGUCACAUAGGCUCACGCCGCUCAAGGAACACUGGUUAAAGGUCUACACGCCGGUCGUCGAACACCUCCGUCUGGAUAUUAGAUUCAACGUCAAAUCAAGAAACGUGGAAAUAAGAAAUCCCGUUCCCGACGACGAGAUCGGCUCGCAACACUUGCAGAAGGCCGCAGACUUUGUCAAAGCGUUUGUCUACGGGUUCGAAGUGGAAGACGCGUUAGCAUUAAUAAGACUGGACAAUCUGUUUGUCGAAUCUUUUGAAGUGAAAGACGUAAAAACAUUAAAAGGAGACCAUUUGUCCCGUGCAAUUGGACGACUGGCCGGAAAAGGAGGACGAACAAAGUUUACCAUCGAAAACGUUACUAAAACCAGAAUAGUGUUAGCAGACACAAAAAUACAUAUAUUGGGAUCUUAUCAAAAUAUACAAGUAUCUAUGAGAGCUAUUUGUAAUCUUAUUCUUGGAUCUCCACCUUCUAAAGUUUAUGGACAAUUACAACAACUCUCUAAGAGUAAAGUUUUAUAA